UGCCCCCAUUGUUGGCCGCAUCUGUCACUUUGUGGGCAGGAUGACAUGAAUGGAUGGGCCGGACACACCUUCCGUGGUGGUGUGAAAACCCUGUCCUGAUCUGCAGACUGCUCCCGGACUCUGCCAGAGGCGCCGCCGAGGGCCAGGGACGCACCUCGCCUUCCCGAUCCCUUCCCAGUCCCCGUCCCCGCGCACUCGCUCCCCGCGGCUCCCGGGCAGCGGGCGCGCACCAUGCUGCCCAGCGCCGUGGCUGCCCAGGCCGGAGCCUACUGGGAUGUGGUGGCGUCCUCGGCACUCCUCGGCCUCCCAGCGCCGGGCUUCGGCAGCCUGGGCAAGAGUUUCCUGAUUGAGAACUUGCUGCGCGCAGGGGCCGGGCCCACGCACGCACCCCCGCCCCCGCGCCCCGCGCCGGGUCCCGAGUGUCCGCAGUUGCGACCGCUGCCUGCCAGCCCAGUGCCGCUCAAGCUGUGCCCAGCCGGGCCCUACGGCGCGCGCUGGGCCUUCCAGAUGCCCGGCCGGGUUUCAGGGGACCGAGACAGUGCCUUCCAACCCUCAACCCCAGUGCCUUCCAAACCCUUCCUCCUGAGCGCCCUGCCCUUCUACUCUGCGUGCUGCGGUGGGUCCUGCAGGCGCCCCGCCUCCCCCACAGCUUUUCCAAGAGAAGAACACGGGUUGCCUCUGCUCACCCAGGACUCAAAUUCCAAAGCUCGAAGGGGGAUUUUAAGAAGAGCUGUGUUCUCAGAGGACCAGAGAAAGGCUCUGGAGAAAAUGUUUCAGAAGCAGAAGUACAUCAGCAAAACAGACCGAAGGAAACUUGCUGUCAGCUUGGGACUGAAGGAGUCACAGGUGAAGAUCUGGUUUCAGAACAGAAGGAUGAAAUGGCGGAAUUCCAAAGAAAAAGAAGUGCUCUCCAACAGGUGCCUCCAAGAAGUGAGUCUUCAAGAAGAGAGGCUCGCGCGGCCCGCGGUGGGUUUCCCUCCUCCGUGCCCUGCCCUGUGGGAAGUCUCCCAGCCGCACUCAAGCCCCAGCUGGAGGGAGAAUUCUCCAGAACCCGCAGAAAGACUGACCCAGGAGAACGCAAGGGUGCCAGAAGCAAAUUCACUCCGAGGUGCCUUGUACUUGGGUCCUGAGAAGGACGCUGGAGACAAGGAUGGACUCACUAGCGCCAUCUGAAGGGAGCAUGCGCCAUGCUCAUCGAAGGGAACCCAUAGCCUGUAACAUUGGGGUUAAAGCCAGUUAGCGUGUGUCUCAACCCUGCCUUAAACUAACACCUUGGCACGAUACCUGAGCGGAUGCCUUAGGAGAGCCAGUCUGCUGUUUCUUAUUUAGCCCUAGACGGAGGCUCAGUGUCUAAAUGGAGUAGAACCUCCCAGGAGGUACAAUAGGACUGAAAGAUAAGAGCCAGUGUCGGUCCACGGCCUGUUCUGAAUACGUGUAUGUAUAUAUGCGUGUGUCUGUGUAUAUGUAUGUAAAUGCUCAUUAAAUACAUUAGCAGAAACCAGUUCUCUCCAAGUUUUACAUGGCGCAAAUUUCUUUUUUUAUAUGAAGAAAAAAAUUGAGCAAAUAUUCAUUUUUCCAAAUAAUGCAAAACUUUGGCUCCAAUGCCACACAAUGAAUUAUGUUUGCAAAAAUUCUCAUCUUCUGGCUUUUUUUUUUUUUUUUGGUAUCCAGGUGUAAGUGAAUUUUAGCAAGCUCCGCAGUCGUAAUCAAAUGAGCCACAGCUAGAGACACAUAAUGAUGACAGAGAGGAUAAACUCAACAGGAAUCUACAAUUUUUGAAAGUAGUUAUCAGUAUUUCUAGUUUCCAGGUCUGAGAUAGAUGAGGCUAUCAGUGAGGAAGGUCUGCAUUUAUCUGUGAAUUGGCUUUUUGAUCUCUUCUCUGUAGGGGUUAUCCUAAACCAGGGUUUUCUGAAUAAAAUAAACGCCUGAGUGGAAGGUUUGUCAGACAGUGGAUCAGCCAGCAUUCAGUAACUUUUUGAUUAUCUCUGCCAACUAGUUUGUAAUCAGUGCCCCAAAACCUAAGCCUGUGUCUCCAUUCUUAAACUGUCUCUAACAGGAUGAAAAAUCACAGCACCAAUGGGCUCCGUGGUCAGUGCUGAUCCCACACUACGGUCUGACUUUUCCACCUAGCUGGUUCAUACUACAUAUGUUAGGUGGUUUUAUAAAUUAACAGACACCACCCAGAUGUUUUAUGAUUACUCUGAAAUAGUCUUUGUAUAAAAUCAUAUUUCUGGUAAUGAUUUUCUUAGUUAUCCAAAUAUAUUAAUUCUAAGUUCAUGAAAAAAAUGUUUCACUUUGCAGGAAAUAAAG